UGUUUGGUUAUGUUGAGGAAACCUAGUAUGGGCCGUCAGAAGAUAGAAAUCAAGAGAAUCGAGAACGAGGAUGCACGUCAGGUCUGUUUCUCGAAGAGGCGAGCCGGUUUAUUCAAGAAAGCCAGCGAGCUUUGUAUCCUCUGCGGUGCUGAGAUUGCAAUCAUAGUCUUCUCUCCAGCUGGUAAGGCCUUCUCAUUCGGCCACCCUGGGGUUGAUUCUCUGAUCGAACGGUUCAUGCCACAUGACACACCACCACUAGCACUUUCCAAUAUUUCUGACGUGGCCCACCGUGGCGCCACAGUCCGUGAUCUCAACCGUCAAUGUACUGAGCUGCUCGGCCAAGUUGAAGGACAGAAGAAGAAGCGUGAGUCGCUUGAUCAAGUGAUAAAGGCCGCACGAUCACAGUCGUGGUGGGAUGCACCGAUCGAGCAGCUGGGGUUGAUUGAACUAGAGCAAUUGAGAGGGUCUAUGGAGGAUCUAAGGAUGAAGGUGGUGAAGCGUGCUGAUGAGCUCUUGGUGCAGUCAUCAUCGUCAACGGCUGGGUCGUUCUUGGCCAUGAAUUCCGUUGGAGCAGUCGAUCCUUUUGUCGGCAAAACAGCCGACGGUCAGCGUAGUUUUCCUCAUGGCCUUGGAUUGGGACGUGGAUUAUUUUGAAUGAUUUUUAUUUUUAUUUUUUGUUGGA